CUUUCGCCCCUUCCUACUUUUCUCCCGAAGGAUGUGUCAUCCAAUAUGGCGACUUAUAUGGAUGUCAAUUUAGUGAAGUAUCUGUGUUCGUGCGGCAAAAAGUUCCCAAUAUGCCGCCUUUAUCUUUGCAAGCAUUGCCUCAAACCUAGAUGCAUUGACUGUGUGCAACAUGAGGUUGACACACCUUAUUGCCCCAACUGUUUGGAGACCAUGCCAACUGGUGAGGCUAAGCUGAAGAAAAACAGAUGCUCCAACUGUUUUGACUGCCCUGUGUGUGGACACACGCUGAUGACACGUGCGACCACGCACACAACACCCAACCCGGAGGAUCCGACCAAGGUGAUCACAAAGAAGAUGUACUACAUGGCCUGUGGGUUCUGUCGUUGGACGACUCGUGAUGUCAAUCUACCUGAUCAGAGUGUUGCUACAGGCAACUGGCCAGAGCUAGAAAAUCCGAAUUCGAAAAGGAUCUCUACCCUCCUUGAUAAUUACCGUGCAAUGGCUCAGAUUGAAAAGGCGGAACGCGAGCGAAAGAAAUAUGUGAAAAGACGCAGCCAUCUUUAUUUACAGGAGAAGUAUGGGCUUCCAUCUUCUGCAAUGAAGCGCAAAGGGCUUUCAAGUCUGGCCAGCCUCAGCCAAAAGGAUGGUGACAAAGUGCUUGGAGAGCUGGAGCCCAGUGCUACUGUGGACAGUUUUGAGCCUCUGCCUAAUGAUUUCUUCACUCAGCCAGCAGCUCUUGAUAAGACUACCAAACUGCCCAACAGGCUGAAUGUUCCAGAGUUCCAGCCUGAGGAGACAGGCAAACUGCACAUCAUCCACAAACACCUGCUAAUGAGGAAGUCACUGAGAUGCAAGGAAUGUGAACACAACUUGAUCAAGGCCGAUUUCAACCCUGUGUCAAUCAAGUUCAAGAUCCAGUUGACAGCACUGAACCAUGUCCCAGAGCUACGCAUUCUGAACCCAUGUACUUUCACCUACAAUAAAGAGUCUGUGGUGACCCUGACCUUGAGCAACCCCUCUGUGUUCAACACCACAGUCACUCUGGCUGCCAUUGAGAAUGAGACAGACACGGACUACUGCACUGGGAAGAUCGAUCUUCCAAAGAAAGAGUUGGUGUUAGCUGGACGCGAUGAGCCGUCGAUGCACGUCUAUGAUGAUAGCUCUCAGGCUCACUUGGACUUCAAGGAUGAUCCAAAGGUGAUUGCUUUCCGAAAGGCCAACAAGAUUGGAUUCAUUGUCAAGGUCACACCUCUUGUCAAAGAGGGAGAUGUCAGGGUGUGCUUUCUGCUGAAGCAUGAGUUCCGGAACACAACAGUUGCAGCACUGCAGAGCGAGUCAAAGGAACCAGAGAUUGUAUGGCUUGAACACAAAGUCUACAUCUCUUUAGGACAGAUCUAAGUGUGGCAUUUAGCAAGAGAAGUCACUCAUUAAUAGCUCUCUUUUCUGCUGCAAUGUUUAUAUUUGUUCUCACGUCUUAACCCCACUCACCUUAACAUUUAGGUAUGGGAUUAAAGUGCUUUUCCCCACUGCCUUUACGUCUGGAAGGUUCACUGCAGGUCUUAUCAUUUUAGAUAUCUUCCUUAUCAAUGUUUUCAGUUAUACUGUGAUACAGUGUGAAGUAAUGCUUCUUUUUUUGUUUUAUUUUUCAGGAUCUCGCUUCUUGGGGGGAAAUGAAAAAAUCUUUAAGAUGUAACUUGAAUGUGAUUUGUUGUUGAAAAUUAGUCAUGCAUGACUGCUUUUCAUGAUGUUGAAUGUACUCAGCUUGUCAGGAGGCAGUUUGCUAAAAUGGAAUGUUGUUCUAUUGAUGAGAGAUUCUCUGUCUGUGAGUUGUGAUGCUUAUGUUAGGUGUAGGCUGUCUACAUGAAACCUCAGCAUGCAAAAUUUAGUGCUACAAUGGCCAUGGUCUUGCAUGUGGAGUUGCUAGAGAGACAUGGAUCUGUCUAUUGGUGUAAAAUGUGCUUAAUCAUUCUGAGGAAUAUUUGCAGUUGUGUAAUUUAUUGUUACUCAUGUAGAGUUGUAUCUUUUUGUAAAAUGUUGAACAAUGUACAGAUGAAACUGUCCAAAAUGGUCACCCAUUGUUGAGGAGAAAUACGAUUGUCGUAGACAGAAGGAUGUUUUGGAAACUGUCAUUAUGAUAUUUUAAAAUGCAUGGAGAGGAAUAGGAAGUGCUCAUUUCUACAGGGGCUCAUCUUGGACAGGUGGCCGUUAAGGCAGGUUUGAUUGUAUAGAGAAAAGUGAUACUAUGUGCUAUCUCUUAAAUGCCAAAGCCUUUUUGCUGCAAUGCUUUUCAUUAUAACCAACAGCAUUGAGGCUGCAUUUCCACUUACAAAUGAGUAGAAAAGCCUUUUGAGUAAAACUAUUGUUCUUUAUUGUAAUAAAAUCCAUAAAGACUCGCAAGUAGGAAAAUGUAGUCUACUGAAGGAUGGCAAUUUCUUUUUUGUGUGAUUUUUUUUUUUUUUUUUGUGAUGGUCACAUUUGAAAAAUAAAGUUCACCAUAUACAUAUAUAAGCUUCAGUUGUGCACAGCUCUUGAUGUGCUCUGUCUUGGUGGUAGGCUUUCCCACUUUAAUGAACAUAUAUGUGAACUUUGUGUGUGUUACCUAAUGUGCUGGAGGUGUUUCGAAGAUUCUUGAAUCUUGAAAGAUAAAAAUAACAUUUUUCUGAGUAGAUAUGUUUACUCUUCUUUUACCUUAUCAAUUAUUUCUGAUGAAUCAGCUGGACGUUUAAUGUCUGCAGUUCACAGCUCUUUUCAAGGAAAAUUGUGCUUUACAUUGGCCAUGCUGGUUCCAGUCCAAUACCAUCUUUUGUUGCUUACAGUUACAGCUGUGUACAGUACAUGUUUUUGUUAUCUUUGGGUGCAGGAUUGUCGUAGGUUAUGGUCUUUUUAAGAGGUUCUGGUGAUAGUCUUGCUGUCAGUUUUUAGUAAUAAAGUUAGCUUAUCGUUCAAGUUCAACUGAAAAAACACCACUACCUUAUAUUUGAAUUAAGGGUUCGUGUGAAUAGAAAUAAUGGGAAUGUUAGUUUUUUAUUUAUUUUUUUAUUUAUUUUUUUUUUUUAAUUUCAAGAAUCAGAAGUGAAAUUUUCAUCUCUUCAUAUAUAUAUACGUGUUCUGAUGUGAGCUAGGUUGGUAGAAAAAGUGUUGGGUCUAUCGGGCUUUGUGCAAUGUCGCAUCCUAGUGUUAUUGUUCAAUGAGGAAUAGUUCUUGCGAUUGUCUUCAAGGGUUUUUUUUUUUCUUUUCGAUGAUUGACCUUAUUUAGGCUUUAUGUAGCCCAAAUAAGCCAACCCCUCUGGCAAAGCUUAUUUGUGUUACAUGUAGCUUUGAUUAUAUUAACAGCAAACCCCCACCUAAAUCUUAUUUAGGCUACCCUGGCCCACAGAACGAACUGAACUGAAAUGAGAAAGAUGCCUUACUCGAAAAGCAAAAGCGAAACUAACUCUUCAGUUCCACACAAUUAUCUUUACAAGGAAUGGGUAGCCUAAAUAAAGUUGGGGCGGGGGGUGGGGGUAGGCUAAGUAGCCCAAAUAAGAUAAGCACUUCCUAUUUGAUUGUUUUUAUUCAUUGUUAUUCAAAUGUGUGCAAGCAAUUCAUCAUCUUUGCUAAAGGCAGUGUAUCUUCCCUUUUUUGUUUCAUGGUUGACAUUUUUCAGCCAUAUUAUGAAGUUGUGGAUCACUUUUACUUUGAUAAUUUAUAAUUGUUUCAAAAUGGUGAAAUGGUAUAGGUUUAACGCCCCUAUUAGUUUAUAAUUGUUUCAUUCUUUAUUGAAGUACUGUAAUAUUGGAAAGGCUUGCGUUACUGAUUAAAAAAUCUCAGUGUAGGGGUAAAGUAAAAUAUUUGUAGGAGUUGCUAACAUUACUUGUUUUAGGUCUAGAUGAUUCAGAUCUAAAAGAAAUAGUACUGCUCAACAUGUUAGGAUUCUUAUGUGUUCACUUUCAUAUUUUACUUUCUUGAAACAGCCUGCGAACAAAUUAGAAUAAUACAGUAUCUUCCUCUCAAGACCCAUUAAGGUGUCUGUUUUCAGUAUACUCUCUUGUAUUGGUGCAGUGUAGUUAAAAAAACUAUCAUUGUUAAGCAUUUACGGUCUUGGGAAUCUGCUUUAGGUGUGGUAUGUAAUUGUGCUCAUCAUGGAGACAUUCUCGAUGUAAUACUGUGGUUGAGGAGGUUUUGCUUGACGUGAAAAGAAGACUUUUUUGUCCUGAAAACAGUGUCUCUAAAGACUUAUACCAAAACAUCUGUCUUCUUGAGGGGAGUGGGGGGGCUAAGUGUGACAUUACGUUUUCAAAUAACGUACUUUUUCUGAAUUCAGCUCCAGCAAAAUAAAACUUUGAGGUGUGCUGAAAAAAUGAAUUACUUUUUGUAUCUGAACCCAAUGGACGUUAGAUAUGUCAAAUUUAAAGGUUGAGUUUGUACAAUUUGAAAGUAUGAAAUGAUAACAGGCAUGUUGAACUUGAAUAAAAUGGCAUCAGGUGAGAAUUUACACAUUUGACCCUAAUGUUGAUUUUCGAACGAUAUCUCCAUUUGAGGAUUGCGAGAAAUAACUCAUUUUGUCAGCACACCUUACAAAUUAUCAGCAGUAGAACACACUAAUGUCGUUGUCAUUAAAACAGUUUGUUUGAUUUUCUGGAUGACAUUUUAGAGGACACUUCAGGAUUUUUAUUCUAGUCCUUAUGAAGUUGUAUAUUUUUGUUUUUUUGUGUCACAAUGAAUGUCCAAUUGUUCUACAUGAUGCCAUUUGAACAUGUCUUUUUGGUCCUAACACAAUUUCAGAAGUUUCAGAAAUUGUAGGCUGUGGUUGGGGAAUGCCUCUGGUAAGUUAUACUUCGUGGGGCAUUAUAUUCAAGUGGUAAAGGUGUGAACUUGCAAUAAAUUGAGGUAAUACAUUAUUUAGUUUCUAGGUAUUUUGUUAGGGUUGUUUCCCUUGGGCUCCUCUUAAUAAGUGAAGGAUAACUGUUCAGCUUAUAGGCUGCAACACUGUAUGUCC